CAGCCUGUUGCUGAGUGUCCCGGAGUGAGAGGAGGCAAGAGUCAACAGAAGCUGCCAGGAAUUGGAGCCAGAGAAGGAUCCUCGGGCCAGGUUGAGGGUGGAAGCUGCAGAAGGCAAUUAAGGCGGUUGACAAGAUGCUGGCUGUCUUGGUACUGCUCACGUCGCUCCUCUCGAUCUUGUAUUUGACAGCUCCAUCCAUCAGGAGGUUCUUUGCUGGUGGAGUCUGUACAACAGAUGUGCAUAUCCCGGGGAAGGUAGUGGUCAUCACAGGUGCCAACACGGGCAUUGGCAAGGAGACGGCCAGAGAGCUUGCUCGAAGAGGAGCACGAGUAUAUAUUGCAUGUCGAGAUGUGCUGAAGGGAGAGUCUGCUGCGAGUGAAAUCCGAGCAGACACCAAGAACUCCCAGGUGCUAGUGCGGAAAUUGGACCUAUCUGACACCAAAUCCAUCCGAGCCUUUGCUGAGGGCUUCCUAGCAGAGGAAAAGAAGCUUCAUAUUUUGAUCAACAAUGCAGGAGUGAUGAUGUGUCCAUAUUCUAAGACAACAGAUGGCUUUGAAACCCACUUUGGAGUCAACCACCUGGGCCACUUUCUUCUUACAUACCUGCUUUUGGGAAGGCUGAAGGAGUCUGCUCCCGCACGAGUGAUAAACCUAUCCUCAGUGGCCCACCUUCUUGGCAAGAUCUGUUUCCAUGACCUCCAAAGCCAGAAACGAUACUUCAGUGCUUUUGCGUAUGGCCAGAGCAAGCUGGCCAAUGUGCUUUUCACUCGAGAGCUGGCCAAGCGGCUCCAAGGAACUGGAGUCACCACCUAUGUGGUACACCCAGGAAUUGUCACAUCUGAGAUCACAAGGCACUCCUACCUGUUGUGCUUGUUAUGGCGGCUCUUCUCACCCUUCUUCAAGUCCACUUGGCAGGGGGCUCAGACCAGCCUGCACUGCGCCCUGGCGGAGGGCCUGGAGCCCCUGAGUGGAAAGUACUUCAGUGACUGCAAGAGGAUGUGGGUAUCCCCAAGGGCCCGGAACAAGAAGACAGCUGAGCGCUUGUGGCAUGUCAGCUGUGAGCUUCUAGGAAUCCAGUGGGAAUAAUUGGCCUGAAGACCAGGGCCUUUUAAGGCCCAAUCCAUGCUGGAAAAAAAGGGGGACCAAAGAGAAGGCUGACCUGAAAGGAUUAUCCUCCUGGCUUGCUGCUGCUGUGAUUCCUGCCUACGAAGAGCCUUCUGGAACCCUUUAUACACAUAACAUUUUUUGUGAGGCAAGGUCGUAGUACAGGAUGAUAGUAACACUUCCAGAUCAUUCUCAAAGGCCUAGAGAAUCCACAGCUCUCUAGGAGAAGAGAGCUGAACAUGGGGGUGAUAGAGGAGCUUGGGCAGUUGGAUCAGUUUCCUCACCAGUAACACUGACAUAGGAGCACCAGAACACUUACACGCUCAUAGGAGCACCAGAAUCACACGUUUCUAUACCCUCACACUCUAGAUCGGCCUCUUUUUCUUUGAAAUGAAAUACUAGUCACAACCAUGGCAUCUGGACCAACUCAGGAAGAAGUAGCUCACUUUGGCCAAGCUUCAUUUCUUCCUUUGAGCAUCCUGGAGCCUUUUUCACCAUGUAGAUUUUUUUUUUUCCGUAAACCAUUCUCUUUACCUCAAUUUUUAGAGAAAUAAAGAUUUGUGUUUAUCUCAA